UCCCCCGCCACGGACUGCGGAUUCCGUCUCUUCCUGUGCCCGGCUGAGGCUGCUCGGAAGCUGCGCUUCGCCGCUUCAUGAUUUUCUGCCGAUUCUGGGCAAAGAUGGCAACCAACGAUGCUGUUCUGAAGAGGCUAGAGCAGAAGGGCGCAGAGGCGGACCAGAUCAUUGAGUAUCUCAAGCAGCAGGUGGCUCUUCUCAAGGAGAAAGCAGUUUUGCAGGCAACUUUGAGAGAAGAAAAGAAACUUCGAGUUGAAAAUGCUAAACUGAAAAAAGAGAUAGAAGAACUAAAGCAGGAGCUAAUCCAGGCAGAGAUUCAGAAUGGAGUGAAGCAAAUUCCAGUCCCAUCUGAUACUCCCCUGCAAGCUACCUCCGCAGAUUCUACAAGUGUAACACAGUCUACAUCUGUAUCAACCAUCUCUUCUAGUGUAAAAGAACAGAUUAAAGGAGGGGAAGAAGAAAAGAAGGUCAAAGAGAAAACUGAUAAGAAAGGAGAGAAAAAGGAGAAGAAGCAGCAGCCAGCAGCAGCAAAUACUGACUCGAAGCCAAUAGAUGUUUCUCGUCUAGAUCUUCGAGUUGGUUGUAUCAUUACUGCCAAAAAGCACCCGGAUGCCGACUCGCUGUAUGUAGAGGAGGUGGAUGUGGGAGAAGCCACCCCAAGGACGGUCAUCAGUGGACUGGUGAAUCAUGUUCCUCUAGAGCAGAUGCAAAAUCGGAUGGCGAUUUUACUUUGUAACCUGAAGCCUGCCAAAAUGCGGGGAAUAACCUCUCAAGCAAUGGUAAUGUGUGCUAGCUCACCAGAGAAAGUGGAAAUUCUGGCCCCUCCCAAUGGGUCUGUACCUGGAGACAGAAUUAUUUUUGAUACUUUCCCUGGAGAGCCUGACAAGGAGCUGAACCCUAAGAAGAAGAUUUGGGAGCAGGUCCAGCCUGACCUGCACACCAAUGCUGACUGUGUGGCCACAUACAAGGGGGUUCCCUUUGAGGUGAAGGGGAAGGGAGUUUGCAGGGCCCAAACCAUGGCCAAUAGCGGGAUUAAAUAAGUGCUCUGUUACUGAGGGGUAUGGAGAAACCGUAGUAACAAUAAAGAGGAGUAUAUUUGUCACACACAAA